AUGAAGGAUGCUGGGAGCAUGCUGGGUAUCGGUGACCGCUCCGUGUCUAACCCUGGGGACCGCUGGUUUGUCUCCAGCCGAGACUUAACUCCCAAGAAAACUCGCCACAGAAAGGCCGAGCAGGUCCGGCGCGGGACUGGGGUGCUGAUAGUCACUUUGUUUCCGCCUGUUGCUGAUGAUUUUGCCCCCUCUGGGCUUGUGCUGCAGGAGAGGAAUGGUGCUAUCGUGUCCCCUGGCAAGAUCCUGCUGCCUGGCAUUCAACCUGUCUAUGGAGCACAGCAUCCUCCGCUGGAUCCUCAGCUCACCAAGAACUUCAUCAAGGACCGCUCCAAGGCCAAUGCGCUGCCUAUGAAAAGCAAGAAGGCCUCCAGCUUUCAUGAGUUUGCCCGCAACACCAGUGAUGCCUGGGACAUCGGUGAUGAUGAAGAUGAGGACUUCUCUUCCUCCUCUUCUUCUUUGCAAACUCUGAACUCUAAAGUGGCCAAGGCCACGGCAGCCCAAGUUCUGGAGAACCACAGCAAGCUGAGGGCAAAACCUGAGCGGGCCCAGUCUGCUCUCAGUGACAUGCCCACCAACUGCAAGGUCAUCAAAUCCAGCAGCGAGGCCCAGCUCUCCAGGACAUCUGAGGAGGCCUGUGUGCGGACCCCCCUUCAGAAGCAGCAGUCCCUUCCCCUUCGGCCUGUCAUUCCACUCGUCGCCCGAAUCUCUGACCAAAAUGCUUCGGGUGCUCCCCCCAUGACAGUGAGGGAGAAAACCCGCCUGGAAAAGUUUCGGCAGCUCCUUUCCAGCCACAACACGGACCUGGAUGAGCUGAGGAAAUGCAGCUGGCCUGGUGUGCCCAGAGAGGUCCGGCCCGUGACGUGGCGUCUCCUCUCAGGUUAUCUCCCCGCAAACAUGGAGCGGCGAAAGCUGACUUUGCAGCGUAAGCGGGAGGAGUACUUUGGCUUCAUCCAGCAGUAUUACGAUUCCCGGAAUGAGGAACACCAUCAAGACACCUACCGACAGAUCCACAUCGACAUCCCAAGGACCAACCCACUCAUCCCCCUCUUCCAGCAGCCGCUCGUCCAGGAGAUCUUUGAAAGAAUCCUGUUUAUCUGGGCCAUUCGACACCCAGCCAGCGGCUAUGUACAGGGAAUCAAUGACCUGGUCACUCCGUUCUUUGUUGUGUUCCUCUCUGAGUAUGUUGAGGAGGACGUGGAGAACUUUGACGUGACAAACCUGUCGCAGGACGUUUUACGGAGCAUCGAAGCCGAUAGCUUCUGGUGCAUGAGCAAGCUGCUGGACGGGAUACAGGAUAACUACACCUUUGCACAGCCAGGGAUCCAGAAGAAAGUCAAAGCCCUGGAGGAGCUAGUCAGCCGGAUCGAUGAGCAGGUACAUAAUCACUUUAGGAAGUACGAGGUCGAAUACCUGCAGUUUGCCUUUCGCUGGAUGAACAAUCUGCUUAUGAGGGAGCUGCCUCUUCGCUGCACCAUCCGCCUCUGGGACACCUACCAGUCGGAGCCAGAAGGAUUCUCCCAUUUCCACCUGUAUGUCUGCGCCGCCUUCUUGAUCAAGUGGCGGAAGGAGAUCCUCGAUGAGGAAGACUUUCAAGGCCUUCUAAUGUUGUUACAAAACCUGCCCACGAUACACUGGGGUAACGAAGAGAUCGGACUCCUGCUGGCCGAAGCCUACAGACUCAAGUACAUGUUUGCAGAUGCCCCCAAUCAUUACCGCCGAUAGGUGCCAGGACUUGACUCCCUCCUCUCCCCUGCGCCUGCCCUCUCGUCCUGGCCCAAUCUGAUCACUGUGGCAUUUUUGUCGUCCCAAGUCCUCGGACACUCCAGCCGGGAGCUGCUCCUCGCUGUACAAAGCUCACAUUGACUCUUGUCUUAACUCUUAACGUGUGCCUGUCUGCCACUCCAUGCGCCUGGAUGUGCCACUCCAACGACCGUCAGUAUUUCACGCUGUGCCGGUGGCUCGAGCCAGGGAGAGAGGCGUGAAGGGGCUGGGGGGGAGGACAUGGGGGGCAGCUUCACAGAUAAACUGAGCCGAGGACGAAGCCCUCCUAUCCUCUCCACCCUUUGCCCUGGGCUUGUCCGGCUGGGACCACCUCAGCUUCGCUGCCUCGCGUUAACCUGCCACCACGAGCACUGCCCCAUCUGCUCCCCCUCUCUCUCUUCCGACACCGUUCGCUCCAAAUCCCAGAUGAAAAUGCCUUAUCAGAGACCCGCCUGGCCGGAAAAUCCUUCCCCCCGAGGGCGGCAGGGCAAGAAGUUUCUCUCAGGGCCUAGCUUCGCUCCGAGGGUCCGGAGAACCCAAGCACUUUGUGGGUUCGUGAGAGAGCCCCUCGCGCCUGUCCCCACUCCUCUCCAUCCUCUUCGCCUUCCUCUUCCCCCGGGGUGGGCACAGCGGCGGGGGGGAGGGUCCAACCCCCCGUGGGUUUGAUGGAUGCC